AGCUGUUUUACCAUGAUGUCCCUGUACUUGGCAGUGUUGGUGCUCUGUAUGAGUGCAGUGUAUGCGGCCCCUAGGUUUGACUCUCAGUUGGAGGGCCACUGGCACUUGUGGAAGAAUUGGCACAGCAGGAACUACCAUGAGGUGGGUGUUUAAGCACAAGUAAGGGUGCACUUCCUAAUGGGAACCCCAUCAGUAGCUCCCAACAAGUGCCUCAAAUUCAAUUUGUAAGUCGCUCUGAAUAAGAGCGUCUGCUAAAUUACCAAUGUAAAUUGGUGCAUUGGCAUACAUGUAGCUGUAAAUUAAUUAACUCAGUAUAUCAUUAAUUAUUGCAUGGAUUGUGCCCAUAGAUCUGGGACAGUAUAUGAUUGUGUAUAUUUUCUGACUGUUUUUUUCACUCAUUGUUACAGAGAGAGGAGGGCUGGAGGAGGAUGGUUUGGCAGAAGAACCUGAAGACUAUUGAGAUUCACAACCUGGACCACUCUAUGGGAAAACACUCCUACCGUAUGGGCAUGAACCACUUCGGUGACAUGGUAUGAAGAACCACCUUGCUAAGCAGUGCUUGACUUGGAUGAAAUGGAUGCCGGUACUCAUUCUGGGUGCAAGUAUUGUUUAUAUGUAGGUGCAGGAACUCCGCAGUACUUUUGCGCUAAUAUUCUAUAUGAGGUGCAGGAACUCACACAGUAGAAAGUUUGAAGUGCCGGUAUCAGUUCUGGUGAGUUCCUGCCUAAGUCAAGCACUGUUGCUGAGACAUUUUACUGUGGAGCAGGAGGUACAUUUCAGCAGUCUUGUCCCAUGCUGUAGCUGAAUCUUUUUGUCAUGACAUACAUUGGCUACAGCACUUACAGUAUGAAAUAUUUCACAGGCAUUGACAACUAAAGCAGGAAUGUAUUCACUCACUGGUUAGGGUUAUUCCACUAUCAGGUUCUUAAGGAAGAUGAUAAUGAUCCUGAGAAGGGAAUGGAAAUUGACUCCUAAUUUUUUUUUAAGACUCAUCUUUCUGGUUCAGUGCGUAACUUUGUUUAUUUUAUUUUUUACCGUCCUAAGACAUAAAAAAAAAAAACAAUGUUCCAUUCAGAUACUAACUUGCGAAACACCUCUGGCCAGGUAGACAUUACAUUUCAACAUGUUUAUCUGAUUUCUUCCUCCCUAGACCAACGAAGAGUUCAGGCAGCUGAUGAACGGCUACAAGCAGACGACUGAGAGGAAGUACAAAGGCUCUCUGUUUAUGGAACCCAACUACCUGCAGGUCCCUAAAGCUGUGGAUUGGCGAGAGAAGGGCUAUGUCACUCCCGUCAAGGACCAGGUGAGUCCUGAAUCAUAAACUGCUGUGUCACUAAAUAAAUGUGGACUUUUCAGAGGUUUUACUUCUAGGGAACUGUCUGGUUUGUUUGUGUGCUGGUUACCCAUGACUGUAAUUUAGUCUACAGAGGAUAAGGUGGCAAAUUGUGUAUACAGAUGGUUUAUUAUUUAGUUAAUACUAAUACAUAUUUAUUACUUGCAUACACUGGCAUAAUAUGCACAUGUCAGUGAGUUCUCUGACAUGAAAUACUAAGAUGUUUAACCAUCUUUCCCCCUCAGGGCUCAUGUGGGUCUUGCUGGUCGUUCAGUUCCACCGGUGCCUUAGAGGGCCAGCAUUUCAGGAAGACUGGCAUGCUGGUGUCUCUGAGUGAACAGAACCUGGUGGAUUGCUCCAGACCCCAGGGCAACGAGGGCUGUAAUGGAGGUCUCAUGGACCAGGCGUUCCAGUAUGUAAAGGACAACACCGGCCUGGACACAGAGAAGUCUUACCCCUAUGUGGCCAAGGUAAGGCCCUGUGUUCUAUUAGUCUGAAUUCAAAUAUAAUAGCAUAUCAAAAUUAAUGUAUUCAAAGUAAGGCCCUGUUCUUUUAGCCUGGUCCCAGAUUGUACAGUUUUAGCUGUAUAACCAACUCCUGUGGUUGUAAUUUUGGCAUGACAAUGACUAACAGAAUCCCCAUUGCUGUGGGAUUUAUGUCUCCAAGAAUGACUGAAUUGCUUGAAUAAUUUGAAUAUGUUAUUUUUUACUAAUCAUGGCCACUGGCCUUUUCUGGUUACUCAGGAUGAUGAUCUUUGCCACUACCAACCAGAAUUCAGUGCUGCCAAUGACACUGGCUUUGUGGACAUCCCCAGUGGCAAGGAGCAUGCUCUGAUGAAGGCUGUGGCGACUGUCGGCCCCGUCUCUGUCGCCAUCGAUGCCAGCCACGAAUCCUUCCAGUUCUACCAGUCUGGUGAGUAGCAAUUAGCGGUGGAACUUAACAUUAACUUUAUUCCCUACCUCAUAUUUUUUUAGUAGCAGUGAGCUGUACUGGUCUGUCCUUUUCACACUAGCUAAGAUUUACAAAUGGUAUUGUCUUUCAGAACUGCUGUUUUUCACGUAAAUUGUUUGUUACCAAUUUCUGCAAGCUAACUAGCUACAUAACAAACUUUAGCUUUGAGAUCCGGUGGUUUUACAUACUCUGCGGUAAACCUAGCAUCUUAGUCCACUAAUGUACCUGUCCUCUCUAUAGGGAUCUACAAUGAGAAGGAGUGCAGCAGUGAGCAGCUGGACCAUGGAGUUCUGGUGGUGGGAUACGGUUUCGAAGGAGAGGAUGUGGAUGGCAAGAAAUUCUGGAUCGUCAAGAACAGGUACAGUACAGAGUAUCUUCCUAGGAUUUGUUUUUGUUUGUUACACGUCACCACCACGGGAAUGGUUAAUUUCCUCAUCAGGGAAUAUGCCUCUCUACAAUACCAUUGCCUUUAUUUGAAUACAGUGUUGGUGUUGUCCUGAUAAUAUGGUCUAAGUCAUUAAUUUCUCUAAAGCAACUGUACAUCUCAUUGUAUAAUUUCCAAAUAACUUGAACUGUGGGACUAACCUAUUUGUUUUUUUUCCUCAGCUGGAGCGAGAAGUGGGGAGACAAAGGCUACAUCUACAUUGCCAAAGACCAGAAGAACCACUGUGGCAUCGCCACGGCAGCCAGCUACCCACUGGUCUAG